UGUCAGGGGCCCAGGGUUCAAUCCUCCGGGUUCUCUGGUUUCCUCCAAUUCCCAAAAACAUGUCUGUGGGUGGAUUGGCUAUUCUAAAUUGCCCCUAGGGUUAUUGAAUGGUUUUGUGAAUGAGGGUGUGUGGUUCUGUUACUCCGGUACUACCGUACAUGGUUCUGUUACUGUUCGGUUACUCCAGUAGUACCGUACAUGGUUCUGUUACUCCGGUAUUCCCACCUCACACCAGGAUAAAACAGUUACUAAAGAGAAUAAAUUAAUGAAUGCUGGUCUGAUCUCUAUUUGGUGUUGUAGCUUAUUAUUUAUUAAAGAAAUCAGAACACAAUGCUAGUUGUGUCAUGGCUGUAUUUACAUUCCACUCAUGCUAUGAAGCGAAUCUGAAAUAGUUUGUGAAUUUGACUGACGUGUAAUGAUCCUUUUUGCACUCUGAAUAAUAGGUAGCACACAUGUACUGUAUACUAUUCUGCAUAAGCCACGCCCCUUGCAGCAGAAAGUGGGCGUGCUUAAAACGGUGCACCAGAGGAGGGCGGGGCCUCGACGAUGAGGUCAUCGGAGUAAACAGAAAAGAUGGCGACGCCGUUCGAAGGAGAACGGAUAUUGGGAACAAAUGCAGCUAUAGCAGAAAGCUGCGUGAAAAAACUAACGGAUUUACCGACUGAGUUGUUAGAGUACAUCCUGUGUUACCCCGUGCUGAACCACCUCGACAUUUCUAACGUGUCCUGCUGCUGCAAGCGGCUUCGUGAAGUGUGUCACAGCAGCGGGAAGGUCUGGGGACACCAGUACAAACUCAGGUGGCCUCGGCUACAGAAACUUUACCGGCAGAACGAGUCCUACGAUUGGCAGAAGGAAUUCAGGACCAGGCUCAGGGUCUGUCUACAGAUCCAGCGAACUGUCAUGUCCAUUUCCAAGAGAUUCUUCGCCGAAGUUCCUUGCGUUGGUCAGGUUUUGGGUGACAGCUUUACAGAAAUCGAGUCUCUCGGUGCACCCGAACACUUCUGCGAAGACGAGCUCGUCUCUAUUCUCGACUCCGACAGGAGGAAGAGCUUGACGUUGAAGUACUACGCCAAGAAAAUCCUCUACUUCCUGCGCCAACAGAACAUCCUGAGGAGCCUGAAGGUCUUCCUGGAGCAGCCUCCGGAACAACAGUCCGCCCUGGAAGGUGCUGUAUUGGUGGAUCGGUAUUGUAAUCCCCUGGCUGACGUCACCCUCGAGAGUAUUUCCGCUCAGCUGGACGACAUCACAGAGAAGGUGAAGAAAUAUCUACGAGUGAAAAACGCUUCUCAUCCCAGCUUGAGAUCAGGUCAAGUUGAAGGUGACUGUGUAGUCGUGCAAGACUUCGAGCUUCAGCGCCAGGUCCUCUGUGCCCUCAAUGUGGUUCUGUAUGAACAGCUGCAGUUUAAAGGCAACGAAUGCGACUACUACAACCCGAUGAACUCGUACAUGCACCAGGUGCUUCUGCGAAGGACAGGCAUUCCCAUCAGUCUCUCUGUGCUCUAUAUGACACUAGCCAGGAAGCUUGGGGUCCUACUGCAGCCGGUCAACUUCCCCAAUCACUUCCUGCUCCGCUGGUGCCAGCGCCGGACGAGCAGUGACGAUAUCUACGACUACGUUUACAUCGACGCGUUUGGGAAAGGCAAGCAGAUGACGGCGAAAGAGUGCGAGUACCUGAUCCGACAGCAGGUGACGGCAGAUUACUACAGCUCCAUCAGCACCCCCGAACUGCUCCUGCGCAUGGUGGGGAACCUGCUCAACAUCGGCAAGAGAGAAGGCAGUGAGAAGUCGUACCAGCUGCUGAGGGACUCUCUGGAUCUCUACCUCACCAUCGACCCUGAUAACGUGCAGUAUCUGCUGCUGCAGGCACGACUCUACUUCCACCUGGGCAUCUGGCCCGAGAAGGUGCUGGACAUCCUGCAGCACAUCCAGGCGUUGGAUCCGUCUCAGCACGGCGCUGUGGGUUACCUGGUGCAGCACACGCUGGAACACAUCCAACACAAGAGACACGCGGUGGAGCCCGAGGUGAAGAGGCGCGGCGCUCCUGAACACGGCCAAGUGCAGUACUCUGUAGGCCUCAUCAUGAAACACAAGAGGUCGGGUUAUAACUGCGUCGUUUACGGAUGGGAUCCGAAAUGCUCGAUGAGUCCGGAGUGGAUCGCAACAAUGCGAGUGCAUCAGCUGACGCACGGCGCCGAUCAGCCGUUCUACAACGUGCUGGUGCAGGACGGCACGUGCCGAUACGCUGCUCAGGAAAAUCUGGAGCCGCACUCUGCUCCGUUGGAAAUCAGUCACCCGGAAGUCGGUCGCUACUUCAGCGACUUCUCCGACACGCACUACGUGGCCAACGAAGAGCUCCAGAGCCAUUACCCAGAGGACACGGCGGAGACACAGAGAGCCGUACAGGAGCUUUACCCCUCACAUGGCACCGACUCAGGACACGCCGCAGGGUCGACCGCCGACCACGGCACCAUGACGCUUUAAACACACCCUGCUCCCGUCUCACCCACUUUCAUCACUAACACCCCCAGAUCCAGAGAUCCAGCUCCUCGCUCAGAGAAACCGCCUCGAGCUCAGAGUUUAGAUUCACGUCUCAUUGCGAAGCUUCGGCGAAGAAGCUCCAGGCUCGAUCGUACUCGCCAGAGUUUACACAGUCAUGUUCAUCAGGUCACGUCUCAUGGAAACGAUCCUAAUUUAUUCUAAUCGGUGAGAUUUUUCUGAUCAGUCACACACUGGUUCCCGGAAUAUGAACUAAUCCCAGGUUAGCACUUCUGCUCUAGAGUUUUAUUUUAUCUAAACACUGAUCCUGGAUCAGUCCUACAGGAUCAUUCAAUCCUUGAUUUUGUAAUCCACUCAUCCACAUCGAGCUUGUUACUGAUCAGCACCAUCCCCAUGCUCAUGCACUUACGAAAGAAUACAGAAUUUACCCCUUAAUUUGUUUUCUAAUAUAUUUACAAUUAAAUAAAUAGUAAACAAGAGCUUGUGAAUGCUGUCAUGUAAAUAAAUAAAAAAAUGAUGAUGAUGAUGCUGCUGAUGAUGAUGAUGAUGAUGAAUGCUUCAAAAUGUCUGAUGUCAAUAAAAAAAAAAGAGAAGCUCAAACUUUGGUGCCACUUUGGUAUUUUUCUUUCUAGAAUGAAUCCUGUUUCAUUGUACCAUUUACACUCCAUGUUAGUGGAGAUUUAUAAGGAAAUGAGCCCCGUACGUUUUAUUGCGCAUCUUACAGAACCAGCCCCGGCACUCGCGUCGUAGUUUUGCAGCAAAAUCCAGCAACCUUCCACUUCAUUACGUUUUUUUUUUUUUUUUUUUUUUGUCUGAAAAGUUGUCUGUCAUGUGUUUACUCUUAUUGCUUUCGCAAUGUUUGGAAAUGUAAAAUGUUUUUGUACUGACUCAAUAAUGUAGAAGUUACAUCAUAAAAAUGUACAACAAAGUUUGUACAAAAAAAAAAAAAAAGACUGCACGGUGCUGUACGAAUGUCGACAUUCUCCAAAUAUCACUUCCAUUAAACAGUAAAUGGAUUGUCCAUAUGUAAGGAAGGCCGUGAGUAAAAAAAGGAGAAAAUAUAACUGAUUUUUUUUUUUUUUAAUCUUCUGAUGGUUUUUGUCAACAAAAAUCCAUACAAAAAAAUAUACAUAUAUUUUUUUUAAAAACAAUAUCCUUGCCAUGUACAAAACCUUUAAAAAAAAAUACACUGGACUCAUGC